AUGGAGCCGGUAGUGUACGCAGCGGCAAUUUCUCCGCUCGAAUGUCCAAUUACAGCAGUGGGUGCCCCACCGAAAUUAGAAAGGAGGUCGACUAUGGCAAUCUGUAGCACGGCAAGCUCCCAAUCGUCUGGUAUUCAACACCUCGAGUGCUUUACGAGUGACUUGGCCAAUAGUCUCAAAUAUAUGGCCACUUCUCAGACUACUCAAUCAGAAAAAUGGCGUGGCGUUUUCAAAGUCAAUACAAAGUAUAAUACAAAAACGCGUGUAAAGAGUCUUGGGCGUAGCGAAUUAUGGGCUGAAGCUGUAUUUUUUAUUCCUGCGGGCGGUACAACCCUCUCCGCAGCUCUCAGCGCCAUUUUCUUCUAUCUCUCCCGCUACCCUACAGUCUACAUCCUUCUCGCCACCGAGAUCCGCGACACCUUCUCCGGCCUUAACAUUAAAAGCGGAGCCCAACUCUCCUCAUGCAAAUACCUUCGAGCCUGUAUUGACGAAACAUUACGGAUGUCACCACCAUUUCUAGCCACAUUUUGGCGCGAACCUUAUUUGGAUCACACAGAACCUUUUGUGGUGGAUGUACAUGUAAUACCGCCUGGUACAAUAGCUGGAGUCAAUCCUGAUUGUGUGAUGCAUAAUGAAGAAUAUUUCUCAGACCCAUUUGUAUUUCGACAGGAGAGAUGGUUGACAUCUGAGGAAGGAAGUUCUGGCACCUCAAAGAAGAGCAAAACCUCGCCUCCAUUCGGGUAG